GUUACUGACUUAUGGCAUGUUGUUACAGACAAUAAAAUGUAGCUUACUAAAACACUGAAACAUACAACUUCGCAAAGUGGUUCUGUGGUUGAUGACAAUUUUGCUAUGCAAGAUUGAAACAAUCAAACAGAAUGGCUGAUGCUGAAAACUUACAUAGCUCCAAACAAACGGAGCAUCGUCUUACAUUGAAAAAAUCUAGCAAUCGGAAACUAAUUGAAGAUAUUGAAAAUGUCAUGUCAGGCUAUGAAAAUGAUGAAGCUGCUGAACCGGACGCGUUUUGCAGUGGGACCAUCUCUUGGUACAACAACUACCUACGAUAUUACACUCAUGUGGUCAUUUUCUUUGUUAUCUGUUGUGUCUUUCUGAACUCUUAUAUCAUUGUCUUCAAUUACUCCUAUUCAACAUCUGGCUUUGGUGAUCUUGCUGAUUUGUUGUACAUCAUACUUAUGUUUUUACGAUCACGAACUGGGCAUCUCAUUGAUGGGGUUGAAGAACGAAAUCUUUUGAAAGUUCGGGAAAGAUAUCAGACCAGUAUCGGAUUUUUCCUGGAUUUGAUAACCAUUCUUCCAUUCUCAUUUCUUCGAUAUAUUUUACCUGGUGAAGAACAUUGGUUUUAUGUCAUUGAUAAGCAGAAGAUCUAUCUCCGACUUCACUACGUUCUGUACUACAUCGGGUGUAGACAAGAAGAACCUGGAUCAAGCACUGUUAAAUUCAGGACUACGCUCUACAUAACUUUAUCAAGCAUAGUGAUUCAUUUCUCAGCAUUGGGAUUUUAUGGUAUUUCAUGUGCGAAUGCAGGCUAUGGAGAAUUCAGAAUAAGCAUGUGUCGAGAGAAUAGUUGGCUCUAUCAUGCCCUUUUGUAUAAAAUCCAUGAACGUUUGAAUAUUAACUUUAUGCCAAUGGAACAAGAUGUUACUGAUGAAGUUCGGUAUUUGGCUCCUACCUAUGUUAUAAGUCUUUACUGGGCUGCACAUUCAUCUUUUUCAACUGGAUUUGGUGAUGUACAUGCCUUUACAAUCUCUGAAAAGCUGUUCUCGAUGUUUGCAAUGUUGAUUGGAAUGGCUUUCUUGUAUGGAAUGGCUGUUUCAGGAAUUACCUCCUUGCUUUUGAAUGCAGAUGCUCGUCGAGCUUCAUUUGUUCAUUAUUUCGACGCUUUCCAAGGAGAAUUGGAAAACAUGCAUGUCAGAGAGCAGGUCAAAAGUGUGUGUACUGGAUAUUGUGACUACAUAUGGCAUAGAUUUCAGGGUCUCAUGGUUCAUGGAAUAGGAACAUUGGAUAUUCUGCCUGACUGUCUACAUGGAACUUUCACUGAAUAUGCGUUUAAACCACUGCUGGACAGAGCAAGCUUGUUGAAAGGAACUCAAGGCGCUUUGUGGAGAAAACUUGCCCGAGUGUCAAAGCAUCGAAUAUAUUUGAAAAAUCAAUAUGUUCAGCGUUCUGGAGAGAUUGCUGAUGCAAUGUGCUAUGUUCACCGAGGAUUAGUUCAGAUUUUAGACCAGUCAGAAAAAAAUGUUAUUGAUACUAUAUCAGAAGGUGAAUGCUUUGGAGAAGCAUUUUUACUUUUUGAUUUGCCCCGUUUGAACACAAUCAAAUGCCUGACAGAUUGUGAGUUAUUGUGGCUGGACACACAUGCAUUUGCUGAAGUCAUCGUGGAGUAUCCAGAAGCUUCCGAUCAAAUUAAAGAUGCUAUCAGAGAAAGAUGUAUUGCGUCUAAAUGGCCAUUGGAUAUCCCAUCAAUAUCAGAUUCUGUCGCUUUGGAAAGAAUUAUGCAAGGUCAUAGAAAAAGUAUAGUGGAAGAUUUAGAAGGAUCAAUACGAAGAAAAUCUUACCAAUUUGAAAAGUCAGCUUCUGAAGAUGUUUCUGGAGCUGUAAGAAUGACUGAAGUUGCAAAUAUAGAGUAUGAUGGAAUUGGUCUAUCUCGUGUCACUUUUCGUGGUCACCAAAGAGGUGAAUAUUUCCCUGCUACAGAUGAAAAUGAUGAUUCAAACAAGAUGACUUUAUUUCAAAGAAUUGAGAAAGCAACGAUAUGCCAUACAAAUGGAAAAUUUUAUCGGUUCUGGGAAAAAUAUAUUACAGCGCUGUCUCUCUUUGCAUUUUUGUUUCAAUCAACCAUGUUUUGUAUGCACAUGAUAAUAAAGAGGGUGAAUCCUUGUGGUGGAACAUGCCUUGAUACUCUGCCAGUACUGGAUGUUGCUGUAGAUAUGGAAGAUGAUAAAAGUAUGAUUGAAUCUCUCAAAGUCUGUGAUACUGAAUCCAACGUGAAUGGGACUAUUGGAUGCAUUCUGGGAGUCGGUGGACUGUUAUCUGAAAAGAUUACAGGCAAUCUCACUACAGGAUAUGUAGUCGAUAUACCUUGGACAUGGGAUGUAACUAUUUUUGGCUUGAAUGUGGAAACUGUUAAUGGUUGGAUACAUAUUAUCAUUUCUUAUUUGAUAAUUGAUCUUUCAUUUUGGUUGAAUAUUUUCAUCAGUAUGAGGGCUGUUAUCCCAACUACCACAGGAGAAGUUACAAGCUUCCGUGGCAUUGGAAAAUACUACUUCACAUUUAAAAAGUUCGGCAUCGACUUGUUAUAUGUGUUUCCUUUUGAAAUUCUUUCCCCAACGUUCUCAAAAUUUAGGAUGCGGAACAGAGCCGGGAAACAUGCUUGGUGGCUGCUACUGCGAAAUAACAGACUCUUUUCAAUAUUCCGUUACUUCCCCAGAAAUUUCGGCAAAUGGAAGCGGAGUCUUACUGCCAAUAUUGUGCGAAUCAAGCUGACCUAUGUCAUCCUUAUUUGUUUUUGUAUUGUACAUACCAUAUCAGUUUGGCUUCCUUGGUCAAGAUGCAGUUACAUGAAUCAGGAAUGGAGCCACGAUCCCUCUGGUACUGCUGGUACCUUUAGUGAACGUUGCCUGAGAAUUCAAGAUUACUUUCAUUUGUUUUAUAUCUGCAGUAUGGUUAUCACUAGUACAGGGUAUGGUGAAUAUCCUGCAACUGUCACUGAUUUGAUGCUCGUGGGUGUAGUAACAAUGACAUUGGGAACGAUUAUGUGUGGUUGGAUCAUUGCAGUUAUUUCUUCAAUGAUAUCCAGUACAGCAUCAGCCAUCACCACUUAUACCAACAAUCUUUUGAUGAUGAAAAGAUAUCUGUUAAAACAUUCCGUGCCUCUUCAAUUGACAAACCGAGCACUGGAUUGCCGAUAUAUUCUUUGGGACAGAUUUUUGGGUGAUGCUACUCCUGGUGAAGGAAGGGAUGAGGCUAUUGAUAGCAAACUUCCUUUGCAUCUCCAUCAAAUGCUUAUGUAUGAAAGCUUUGGAAGCUUUAUCGAACAUAUUCCUCUGUUCAAAGGACUUCAUCCUGCUGCAAUAUCUAAGCUAUGCAAUAAUAUUGAUGCCUAUCAUUAUUCAGAAGGGAGUGUGGUAAUCUAUGAGGGUGACAUGUGUGGUGGGUUAUACAUCAUCAAGCAAGGGCAUUGCGUUGUUGUUACCGAUGAUUUGAUGGAGUCAUUUGAUGUUUUGCAUCCUGGAGAUUACUUUGGUGAAGUUGAGAUUUUCCAUGGUAAAGGCUCCGCAAGAACAGUUGUUGCUGAUACUAGUGCAGAAAUCCUUUUCUUGGAGAAAGUUCAUAUCAUUGACAUCAUUGCUACCUUCCCACAGCUCAAUUCUGAAAUGGUCAGUAUUGCUGAUGACAAGGAAUACCAUGAUAUGAUUGUUCAAAAUAUCCACCAGCGUGCAGACAGGCCAAGGGUUGACAUGAGUAAGCGAUUUGAUAUUCAUCAUAUGAAUGGAGGUGUGUCAUAUUACGGGGACAAAAUUGUGGAAGCUCCUGCAGUUCAGAAGCUAAUAGAUGCUGACAGCACUGACGAUGUUGCCGUGCAUCCAGUUUUGAAGACACUGGCUAGACUGUUUCUGAUGCCUUUCACCUUUCACCCAGGCAGCAAUCAAUACAUAUGUUAUGAAACAUUCAGAAUGAUUCUGAACAUGAUUACCAUAUUCAUUGUGCCAUUCCAGGCAGCUUUCAUGCCCAACAUACCAGCGCUAUUGGCAUUGCAGUACAUCCUUGAUGGAUUGACUAUGGUGGACCAAUACAUUAAGCUUCAUACAAUGUAUUACAAUGAUCGCAAGGUUCUGGUGUGCCAUCCGUUAUAUACUGCGGGUCAUUAUUUCAAGACAAGUUUUUUUGUUGAUUUCAUUUCCUGGUUUCCAUUCGAAUUGAUUGUCAUGGCCACAAUACCAACACCAUGGACACUUGCUCAAUGGAGGUUCAUUUGUAUGUUUCGGGUACUCCGUAUUCUACAAUUGUACAAGCUAAUAGGUUACUUCAACUAUUGGCAAAGUGAUGUUCGUUGGAAAAGAAGAUUUUUAAAACAUUGUACUAGAGUUAUAUAUACACUUCUAAUGCAUAAUGUUGUUGCAUGUGUCAUGUACAUCGCAAUGGCUCAACCACAGAUAGCAUGGGUUGACAAACAGUAACAACACUGAUUACAUGACUUUGACCGGUGCAACUGGACCAUUCUCUGUUCCCAAACGUUCAUGGGUUCCAAAAGCUGUCAUAGAUGAUACAUUCCCUGCACUUGACUUGGUUAACAGUGACUCUCAUCG